AUGAUUCGAGUCGCGCCUCAGUUCAUCAUUCUACAGCUCGCGCACAAGCUCUCCCGCGAAUUCGAGGUGUCCCACAGUGAAAGGUCUGCGCAGAAGACCCUGGACAGGCAUUCGAAUGCGCGGUGCGCACGAAACGCGAAAUCCGUCGAGUCGCGGGCUUCUGACCAAUUUUACGAGCCCAUCCGACCAAUAUCGCAGGUCGCAUCGCGGAAGGACGCCACCGAUGCAUUAGGACUCAUGCGACUUCAUGAGACUGAAGGGACUGUCGUAGGAGGCUCGUCGCCAUUGCUGAUGGCGAACAGAGAUCUACGAGAAGAGCUCAUUGCCACGGACCAUGUUGGUGUUUGA